AUGCCGGCGCCUAACGGUCAACCGCACCCGUACGACCAGUACCCGGCCAUGAGCAACGGGGGUCACGACAUGUACUAUCCGCAUCACAUGUCUGCCGGCCCGGCGCCUCCGCCGCAGACCGUCGCGGCGCCCUACUCGCAUCCCCCAGCACACUCCCAGUCGCAUCCGCCUCCGAUGCAGCCCGCUCCGGGACCCUACCCCCCCCCGCAAUAUGGCAACCAAUAUGCCUAUCCCAACGGCUUGACCCCUCCGGCCGGCCCGCCGGUGUCUAACCCCCUGGCAGGCCCCCAACCGGUUCUGCCGCUUCCGGGUGUUAGCCAGCCCGGCAUGGCGCCCGCCGGAUACAGUAAUGGGUUUGACGUGACUGGGCAAAUCGCGCCCCCGGGGAUGAAACCCCGUGUGACUGCCACUCUGUGGGAGGACGAGGGUUCGCUUUGUUUCCAGGUCGAAGCGAGGGGUAUUUGUGUCGCUCGUCGGGACGACAACGCCAUGAUCAACGGCACCAAGUUGCUGAACGUGGCGGGCAUGACCCGCGGACGCCGUGACGGCAUUCUGAAGAGCGAAAAGAUCCGCCACGUGGUCAAGAUCGGCCCGAUGCACCUCAAGGGUGUUUGGAUCCCGUAUGAGCGUGCUUUGGACUUCGCCAACAAGGAGAAGAUCACGGAGCUUCUCUAUCCGCUCUUUGUGCAUAAUAUCAACCAGCUCCUGUGCCACCCGGCCAACCAGGGGCGCUCUAAUCAAGCGAUGGCCGCCGCUCAACGAAAACAGCAGGAGAACAUGCGUUCUACCCAACCCCCACCCCCGGCCAACCCUGGCCUGCCGUCGCUGCCGCAGCAUCACCUGGCGCUGCCAGGCCCUCCUCAUCCGCAGCUCCCAUCGCACCCGCCCCCCCCUUCUAUGGUGCGCCCUUCGUUGGAUCGCUCUCACUCGUUUCCAACACCACCCACUAGCGCCCACGAGCACGAUGGCGAGUACACGCACGGCAGCGCCCCGUACCACUCGAACCGAAACCCUUACACGUCGUCGCUCCAAAACGAUCACCCUGCGACCCCUAGGACCGUCGCAGCCCCACAACCCUACUAUGUCCAACCAUACAACCCGCCCCAGGCCCCCGUUCUCAGCGGUGUGCCUACUAAGCGUGGUCGCGAUGAUGACAGCGGCGACCGCGACAUUAAGCGCCGCAAAGUCGGCUCCAUCUCGCCGACCGCCGUCCCUACGCAGCUUCGUGGAUAA